ACCCAUGGUUUUUAUGCUCACUAACUUUUAUUUUGGUGUUUCUUUUUCAGAGAUCGCCUCCAUAUAAAUGCCAGCGGAGCAUGCGUGCUGGUGAAAUCAGAUUUGCAGGAGAAGAACGAGAGCGAUGGCCACGAUCACAGUUCCUCAAGUUGUCCCUUCUCCGGUUGAAGAUGCUGAGGCGCUCAUGAAGGCCUUCCAAGGAUGGGGCACUGACGAGCAGGCAGUGAUCUACAUACUAGCUCACCGGGACGCGGCGCAGAGGAAGCUGAUCCGGCUGGCGUACGAAGAGAAAUACGACGAGCGCCUCACCGACCGGCUCGAAUCAGAGCUCUCCGGCGAUCUUCAGACGGCGAUGGGCUACUGGGUACUCGACCCCACGGAGAGGCAGGCCGUGAUCGCCAACGCCGCCACGAAAUGCAUCGACGAGGAGUACCCCGUGAUCGUGGAGAUCGCCUGCGCCAACUCGCCCGCCGAGCUCCUGGAAGUGAAGCGGGCCUACCACGCCAUCUACAAGCGCUCGCUGGAGGAAGACGUCGCCGCUGGCGCCACGGGAAACCUCCGCAAUCUCUUGGUCGCUCUGGUGAGCGCCUACAGGUACGACGGCGAUGAGGUGAACGGCGGGCUAGCGAGGUCGGAGGCGAAGAUCAUUCAAGCGGACGUGAAAAACGGCGUCACGGCGGAUCACGGGGAGCUCAUCAGGGUCCUAGGCACCAGGAGCAGAGCCCAGCUCGGCGCCACGUUCAACUGCUUCAGAGAUGAGCACGGCACCACCGUCACCAAGGCCCUGCUGCAUGCCCCCGACACGACGGGCUACGCGCGUGCGCUGCGGACCGCGGCGAGGUGCAUCGCCGACACAGACAAGUACUUCGCCAAGGUCCUGAGGAACGCGAUGCACAAGUCGGGGACCGACGAGGAGAGCCUGCUCCGGGUGGUGGUGAUGCGCGCGGAGAAGGACCUCAGGGGCAUCAAAGACGAGUUCCACAAGAGGGCGUCGGUUGCCCUGGAGCAAGCCAUCGCCAAGGAAACCUCCGGUGACUUCAAGACCUUCAUCACGGCUCUUGUUGGGACUAGCCAAUAA